GCUGGAGAAGCUCAGUUCGGUGCUUCAAUGGCAACGACGGUGAAUGUCAAACUUUCUCGAUCAAACCGUAUCUAUCGCUCUUCCGUAUGUCUCGAAUCUCUUUAUUCUGAUUACGAUACUUAACGAGGAAGAGCGACUUUUAAAUUAUCCGGUUUCCAAUUUUCGAUCAGGAGCCAGUGGAAGGAAAAAUCGUGAUAAAAUCUCCUACUUCGAUUUCCCACGGAGUAAUACGUUUAUCCGUCAACGGAUCGGUCAAUUUACAGGUUCGUGGAGGAUCAGCUGGAGUUAUAGAGUCCUUCUAUGGUGUCAUCAAACCCAUCCAAAUCGUAUUCAUAUAUCGUUUCUUGGACAUAUGGUCACAGCAAGAAGACGAUCGAAAUCAGAACUUCUGGUAAAAUCGCUCCAGGAACUACAGAGAUACCAUUCUCUGUUAAUCUUAGAGAGCCUAGGGAAAACAUUGUAGAAAAGUUCUAUGAGACAUUUCAUGGAACAAAUAUCAACAUCCAAUAUCUACUAACUGCAGAUAUACCACGAGGGUACUUGCACAAACCUUUAUCUGCAACAAUGGAGUUUAUAAUCGAGAGCGGUAGAGUUGAUCUUCCUGAGCGGCCUAUUCCUCCAGAAAUGGUCAUCUUCUACAUCACUCAAGACACUCAGAGACAUCCGUUACUUCCCGAGAUUAAAACAGGUGGUUUUCGAGUGACGGGAAAAAUAGCCACUCAAUGCUCUUUGCAGGAUCCACUAAGUGGCGAGUUAACAGUGGAAACAUCUUCAGUUCCUAUUACUUCUAUCGACAUUCACCUACUCCGUGUCGAGUCAAUAAUUGUAGGGGAGAGAAUUAUCACCGAGACCUCUCUAAUUCAGUCUACACAGAUUGCAGAUGGAGAUGUGUGCCGUAACAUGACACUACCAAUUUACGUUUUACUUCCUCGGCUUCUGAUGUGUCCGUCCGUUUUCGCCGGCCCCUUCUCAGUGGAGUUUAAGGUAUGCAUUACCAUAAGUUUCAAGUCAAAGCUAGCAAAAGCACAACCGAAAUCUGAUCCAACGGCUCCAAGACUGUGGAUGGCACUGGAGAGAUUACCGCUGGAACUUGUCCGAACAAAACGAGAUCAGUUCAGCUGCUAACGAACUAGCUAACACAUCAAGUCAAUACAUGUCUUAUUGUUUGUGUUUACACAGUAAGUUCGAUAACCAAAAAGUGUAUCCUCAUGUUUCACUUGGAAUCAAGAGUCCUCUUGCUCU